GGCCCGGGGGCGGGGCGGGGCAGGCCGCCGAGCACGCUGUCCCCGGAGCAGUGUGGUUCCUCUCGGCUUCCGUGAAACACCGGCAAGAUGGCAGCGACCGAGACGGUUAGGCUACGGCUUCAGUUUGAUUAUCCGCCGCCAGCCACCCCGCACUGCACGAUCUUCUGGCUCCUUGUCGACCUUAACCGAUGUCGAGUGGUCACCGAUCUCAUUAGCCUCGUCCGUCACCGCUUCGGCUUCAGCUCCGGCGCGCUCCUGGGCCUCUACUUGGACGGGGGACUCCUACCGCCCACCGAGAGCGCGCGCGUAGUGAGGGACAACGACUGCCUCAGAGUUAAGUUAGAAGAGAGAGAGAUUCUUGAGGAUCCUGUAGUAGUCAGGAAUGGGGGUGAUUUUCACUCCUCCCCAAGGAAAGCAAAGAAGCGGACUUUAAAGUUGGUAGAGGAUGAAGAGACAGAUCUGGGGUACAGAUAUUCAAGGAAGCCCUGGAAGAGGCAGAAGAACAGCAGCAACCAUGAGAAGGCCUUGGAUCUAGAGCCAAAAGCUGGCACUGAUCGGACUCUGAAGAAAAAAAACAAGAGAAGAAACAAAGCACCAUGUGGCACCGUGGGUGAGCAGGAGGAGGAGACCAAAAGAACGUCGCCAAGGAAAAAGGAGAAGUGUGAAUAUAAGAAGCAGAUCAGGAACCCCAAGUCUUCAGAGUGGUCCACCCACAACAUUAAUUCUCCGAAAAGUUCCUCCAGCCUGGCUAAAGCCAGACAGAAAGGUGGGGUGGUCACUGGGCCAAAAGUUAGUCCUGGGACCUCCUCGGAAUCUGAGUCUAGCCCUGAGUCCUCCAGUGAUGUCACCUUGGUGGUUGGGAACUCCUUAGACAAACUGUCAGCUGAGUUAUCAAAGGAAGGACCCACUACCAAAAAUCCAACUGUGAACAAAGUGGCGGUCAAAACCACCCCGAACCUCCCCACCAGCAAGGUCAAGUCUGCUCCAGCCACCUCUUCUAGUUCAGACUCCAGUUCGGAGUCCGAUGACCAGCCUGUCAUGCUCAAGAAGCCCCUGGACUGUGCGUCAGGCUCCUUCAAGACAGCAGGCCUCUUCGCAGGGCGAGGCUGUCCCGGCCCCGGGCAAUCAUCACAGGCAGCUAAUGCCAUGGGGUGGAAACCUGGUGACUCAAAUGGCAUCAGACAGACUCCUGGUCAUCCUCCCAGUGUAUCUGUCUCUGGCAGUCUGGGAAGAGGCUGGGGCCGAGGAGAGCCUUGGAAGGGAGCGAGGGGCCGCGGCCCGAGGGGGAGAGGUCGAGGACGAGGAAAUGUGGUUUCCUGCACCCUACAUAAAAGUGCCGAGUAUCAGAAGCAACAGCAAUUAAGUGAGGUUGUCUCAAACUCAUCUACCAUUAUCCAGAAUCCAGCAGAGGUACACAAGAAGGACUAUAGUCUGUUACCACUAUUAGCAGCUGCCCCUCGCAUUGGAGAAAAGAUUGCAUUUAAGCUUUUGGAACUAACAGCUGACUAUAGUCCUGAUGUGUCUGACUAUAAGGAAGGAAAAAUAUUAAGCCACAAUCCAGAGACCCAGCAAGUAGAUAUAGAAAUUCUAUCAUCCUUACCUGCCUUGAAAGAACCCGGGAAGUUUGAUUUGGUUUAUCACAAUGAGAACGGAACUGAGGUAGUGGAGUAUGCGGUGACGCAGGAGAGGAGGAUCACUGUGUAUUGGAGAGAGUUGAUCGAUCCAAGAUUGAUCGUUGAAUCCUCAGCUCACGUCACAAGGACAGAGCUUGCUUGAGUGCAGCCUCUUCAUCAAGGUCAUACAUGUGUUGCUUGUAAAAGUAACUACAGCCUCAAUUUUUUUUUUUAAAGAGGGUUUGAAAGUUGUAUGGAUUUGUUGUCAUCUUCACGCUACAGACUAGGGGGG